UUGAAAAAUUAACCUCAUUCAAAUCACAUAAAAGAAGAGAUCAAACAGAUGGAAAAUUUGAAAGUUUCUAAAUCAGUACAUGACAUUAUUUUGCUAACUCUUGUGCUAAGUUUUUCAACAUUCAAAGUUGUAAAUUGUCAAAUAAACACAGCAUGUACAAGUUCAAUAAUUAGUACUUUCACUCCUUGUUUAAAUUACCUUACUGGAAGCAGUGGAAAUGGCUCUUCACCAACUGAAGAUUGUUGCAAUUCACUCAAAUCAUCAAUGAGUGAUAGCAUUGAUUGUAUAUGUCUUAUUGUUACUGGGAAUGUUCCUGUCUCGAUACCGUUUAUUCGUACUCUGGCACUUUCACUUCCUAAAGCUUGUAAUAGUGGUGUCCCCGUCCAGUGCAGUGCUUCUGGAGUUCCUCUUCCAUCUCCAGGUCCGGCUUUGUUCGCGCCACCACCUGCUCCUGUUCCUGUUCCUCCUCCUCACCAUCACCACCAUCACGUUCCUGCUCAUCCUCCUCACCACCAACGUGCUGCUGCUUUUCCUCCUUCUCUUGCUCCUCAUGGUUCACGAGUUGGCAAAGCAUCAGCAGAACCAACACCAGAAGUUGAUCCACCAUCUAUAGAAGAUGAUGAACCAACCAUUGAAAAACCGACGACGACAGCGGCAUCUCCACCAAAACCUUCCUUACUACCAAAGACGACGCUUCAAAAACCCCAAAACACUUCAGCAUCUUCUUAUAUUUCUUCAUUCUCAUCCCCUUUUAUGCUAAUGCUUGUUGCACUUGUAACUUUAUUUGUUGACAAAUCAUUAAUAUUGUUUUAGUUAGUGUCCGAUUCCACUAUUGUAAUUUUUGUAUUACAAAGGUUAUGUCAUGCACUAAAAAUACGUAAGCUACUGCAGCCAUCAAAGGAAAUUUGUCAUGUUUAGACUUUUGAUUUACAUCAUAAUUUUUUAUUACACAA